CGGCGCGGGGCGGGGCGGAGCGCGGGCGGCGGGGGCAAGAUGGCGGCGGCGGGCCGGUGCGCGGCCGUGCUGGUGCUGCUGGCGCUGGGCGGGCCGCGGGCCGAGCAGACGGAGGAGCACCUCAAGCGGGAGCACUCGCUCUCCAAACCCUACCAGGGUGUGGGCUCGGCAAGCUCGGGGCUGUGGGACCUGCAGGGUAACGCCAUGGUCAUGACCCACUUCAUCCGCCUCACCCCCGACGUGCAGAGCAAGCAGGGAGCCGUCUGGAACCGAGUGCCGUGUUACCUGCGGGACUGGGAGAUGCAGGUGCACUUCAAAAUCCAUGGGCAAGGCAAGAAGAACCUGAACGGGGAUGGAUUUGCCAUCUGGUACACCAAGGAUCGCAUGCAGCCAGGACCUGUCUUUGGAAGCAAGGAUAACUUCCUGGGCCUGGGAGUGUUUGUGGACACCUACCCAAACGAGGAGAAGCAGCAUGAGGCUCAGAAGAGGAGGUACAGCCCGGGAAAUCAGCGUGUGUUCCCCUACAUCUCGGCCAUGGUGAACAACGGUUCCCUCACCUACGACCACGACCGGGACGGGCGCCCGACGGAGCUGGGGGGCUGCACGGCCAUGGUGAGGAACCUCAACCACGACACCUUCCUGGUCAUCCGCUACGUGAAGAGGAGGCUGACGGUCCUGAUUGAUAUCGACGGGAAGCACGAGUGGAGGGACUGCAUCGACGUGCCGGGCGUGCGCCUGCCCCGUGGCUACUACUUUGGGACGUCUUCUGUCACUGGAGACCUCUCAGACAACCACGACAUCAUCUCCCUCAAGCUCUACCAGCUGACAGUGGAGAGGAGCCCGGAGGAGGAGAAGCGGGACAGGGAGGUCUAUCUGCCCGUCGUGGACAACCUGAAGCUGCCAGGAAUGGAGGCACCGCUGGAGCCCAUGAGUGGCCUGGCUCUCUUCUUGAUCGUCUUCUUCUCCCUCGUUGCCAUCGUUUUUGCCAUCGUCAUCGGGGUCAUCAUCUACAACAAGUGGCAGGAGCAGAGCCGGAAACACUUCUAUUGACUUGGGAAUACCCUGGGAUAGCCCAUGGCUAGUCCUUGCUAGCCACCUCCUGCCUCCCACCAUUCCCAGACUGGCCAGAGCGUGAUGGACUGACCCCCAUGGCAGGGACCUUUGUGUCCCCGUCCCCCCCCACUGGGACGGCUGCUGCUUCUUGUUGGGCUCCAGAACUCCAGUGCUGCUCCUGGUGGGAGCUGGGAUCCUGUGAUGGCUGCAGGGAUGGAGCUGCCACCUCCUGAGGGAGCUUUGCUUUGGGACUUGUUCAGGAGGAUGUCAGGACGUGGGCAGGAGUCCUCACCUGGGCUCUGGGGGAUGCCAGCGAGCAGGGCCCGGCCCAGUGCCUGUUUCCACACCAGAUCCCUCCUUCCCUCCCAGCCUCUUCUCUCCAAGCGAUUUCCACUUCCAGGAGGGAUUUUCCAAGCUCUUCACCCCGCUCUGGCUGCUCUGUCACCUGCCUUAGGCUGGCGGUGGAGCCCAGGCAGCUUUUCUUUGUACGUGGAUCCCUGCAUCGGUGCCGUUUGCAUGUCGUGUCGUGGCUUCUGGCAGCUUUCCCCUCGGUGCUCGCUGCAUCCCAGGGCUCCUCCAAGGGUUCUCCCUGCCUUGGAGCCGGAGCUUUUGCUGCCUUUCAGGGAGUUGUGGUUUAAUCCUACCUCAGGGACUGCUUUGGUCAA